AUGUGGGCUGGGAAGGACUCUGUACUAGAGCUAAUGGAAGGAUAUAUUGAUGGAGGGCACACACGCUGCACGGACUACUUCUACUCCAGCGUUACACUAGCGGGAAUAACCUUGAGAAAGAACAGAAGAGGAGUACCAAAAGAGAUCAAAAAAAAGAGGUUUCAGAGAGGGCAGCCGUGCUACAAGCAGAAAAGAAAUGUACAUUUUGGUGCUCACAUAUACAUUGUGCAUAAAACUUCGAAAUGGUACAAGAAAAUAUUCUUCCAUUCUACGCAAACAGCAGUGGUGAAUGCUUGGAAGCUAUACAAAGAUGCAAUUGGGAAAGUGCGACUGAAUGAUUUCAGAAUGGACGUGGUUGAGUCGCUGCUCAACGCUAAGUGUGACUGCGCUCGAGAUCAUUCCGAUGCAGCAAGACCGGAGCUAGAAGAAGUAUCUGGCCCUAAGAACAAUACGAGAAGACGUUGUACCGGAUGUUACUCUACAACAUCAAAAGAGCAGGGACGCGUA